CGACACGUUCAAAAUAACGUAUAAGCUAAGAUACCACGAUAUAUAUGCGUAUAUAUAUAUCGCGCGUGGUGUUUUUACUUAACUAGGUGUAGACCCGAAGUCCUAUGAAUAAUUUAAAAUAAAAAACCACCGCUGGGUUAGACUAUUUAUUGCUUAGCAGCGUUUCCGCAUGAAAUGAUAAAAAAAUAUAACCUGGAGAUAAUAGAGUCUAAAAAAAUAAAAGUGGGCCAUUGAAGAGGGUACUUAAAUUAGUAUUGAUAUCGCUGGACUAUAAAUGGCUGAUUGAGGUACCCUGACCGAGCAGUAUAAUUCAAUCAGUUGUUGUUAGUAAUGCCUAUUAGUUACACUAUUAAAUAGUUAAUUAUUUUUUCUCAACGGAUUAAUUGCUAAAUAAAUUUUAUCGGUUUGCUUAAAUCUUACGUCUCAAAGUCUUGAUCCAGAGAAAUAAUGAAAAUAUUUAUCGCUGCGAGUUCAUUCGUUUGUGGUUUGUUGCUACCAUGGAAUCUGAUUUAUGCUCAAAGUACUGAGAGUACGUUGCGCGAAAAGUACGAUGGGUAUGGAGAAGAUUGGAUUUUCAUGCCGGAUGGCAACGAUCAGCCCCAGGUCGCUGUUCUGAAGGGACACGAUCCAGAGCCUGUCAAUCGGGGAUUCCUAGACGAGGCGGUGACGUUUCUGUUGUUUACCAAGUAUGGUCCUUCAAAUGGCUCCGUAUUGUACACUGAUAACGCUGAUUCAAUUAAAAACUCUGGUUACUCACCACAACGUCCAACCAAAUUUAUUACACACGGGUGGAAGUCAAGGGCACUUAGUGAUGGGCUCGUUAAGUUGAAGAAUGCUUACUUAAAAAAAUACGACUACAAUAUAAUUCUCGUCGACUGGGAACCGCUGGCAUCGAGUACGUUCUAUUUAGGACCCAUGAAGAAUACGGCCCAAGUCGGAGCCCGCUGUGGAGAACUUAUUGACUACUUGUCCCAAGUAUUUGGAGCUGAUUUAGAUGACAUACAUUUUCUCGGACAUUCGCUUGGAGCGCAUGUUGCUGGUAAUGCGGCUUCUUCAGUAAAAACUGGAAAAAUAGCUCGAGUAACUGGACUAGACCCAGCAUUGCCAGGUUUCCAUGCAAUAAUGCCAGCAAGUGGACGUUUAGAUGCUACGGAUGCCAAGUUCGUGGAUGUCAUUCAUUCUUGCGGAGGCAUUUUGGGAUUCCUACAGCCACUUGGGACCGUUGAUUUUUAUCCUAAUGGAGGUAUUGCUGUUCAACCGGGAUGCUGCUGUAUGCCGGAAAUUACAGAGGCAUGUAGUCAUGGCAGAGCUUACGUGUACUAUACAGAAAGUAUUAUUUCUGAAGAUGGUUUGUUAGCAGCACAAUGCAGCGACUGGGAGGCAUAUCAAAAGGGUGACUGCAGUGAUUCUCCAAUAGCAUUUAUGGGAGAAAAUGUUGAUCAGUCAGCAAAAGGAACUUAUUUUUUGAGAACACGUUCACACCCACCUUUUGCUAUUUCGCAAAAUUCUAAUAAUGUUUGAUUCUAUUUUAUCUAAUCUAAUCUAAUAUAAAUAUUUAUUUUUAAUUGUAAGAAAUA